CGAAAAGCGAAUAGUUGCUGUAUUCGUUCGAGUCAAUCAGCGGAACGGAGCCGUCAUGGAAUGGUAGUGGAAGGAAUGAUCUGAAGUAUUUAUGUAACUUCACUUUGAUGAAGCGGAAAACGGCUGGCCGCUGUCAACGGAUCAGGACGCCAGGUUUUAUUUGCAGACGAGCGAAGUCACGAGGUUCUUCGCGGGCCACUGAGUUAGGAUCCCGAGGAUGGGUUCCGGCCAGAGCGCCCGCAAAUUGACCAUCUCGAAUGAGGAAGAAGUCGGGGUGAUCAAAGUCUCGAACGCGAUCGUGCAACGUCUCGCCCAAGGAGAGAGUACGAGGGCUCGCGGUGAGUCACCGUCGGAUAUGAGAUCCAGCGCACCUCCGACAAUUCAGCACCUAGCACCUCCCAGUGCAACGACUGUCGCACCUCAGACCAGCCAAGAAGCAACGGCUGGACAGGCAGUGUAUUAUUAUCCAGAGUUGACAAUGUCAGCUCUUCAAAUGCAGCAGCAAAUGGAAGAGGAGCUGAAGCGACAGGAUCAGUACUGGCAGAGGCGCCUGCGGAAUCUGGAGGAUGGUUACCAAAAGGUCAAUCGUGUCUUGGAGGAUGAAUACAAAAAGGCAGCUAGUGAAACUUCCACUGCUAAGUCUGGACGAAAAAUCGCUGAUAUUCAGAAUACAGUGCAACCGUGCUUGGAAAACAGUAACAAAGUCCUAAAGUGUUUCCAGGAUCAUCCCAAGGAGACUCUUAAAUGUUCGAACUUGGUGGAAGAGUUUUCAAAUUGUGUCUGGAAUGUACAUUACACACGUAUGAUUGAAACGCGUUCGUAAUACGUUCUACUAGCGUGCUUGCAAAUUACGGCAUCUUCAAAGGACAUUUAGUCAAAAAAUAAUAAAUUGUACAUCAAAGUGUAUUGCCUAAAAUGCUUAUUUCAGCAGAAUUGUCGCUGAUGGAAAGUAGUGUAAAGCAAAGAGUACACGAGAAGAAAAAUGUAAAAAAUGUAUGAGUAUAUUGUGAUUUACAAUAAAAUAGUAAUUUGUUAUA